GUCUAUCCUGCAGUGCGUGUGUGAACGUGUGCACACAGAAAGAGAGGAGGGCUGGACCACUCAUACUGUCCCCCUGUCACUGAUUCACAGAUUCAGCACAAUAAACGCGUUUUGUUUCAUACUCAGGGAGUCUGAAGCUGCCUUCCUAACCGGUGGCUCCAUAUUUCUGUCCUGCUCCCAGUAUGUAUUCGGUUGGUGGGAUAUCUGCAAGCAUAUACGCCAACAGGCUUCGAUCAGAGGGCAUGGGUUCCAAGGAGCAGGCUGUGCACUUUGCCAGCCAGGACUACGAAGCUUUGAAGCAGGAGUGUCUGGAGGCAGGCUGCUUGUUUGAGGACCCCUGCUUCCCUGCUGAGCCUCCAUCUCUGGGCUUUAAAGAGCUUGCCCCGUAUUCAUCUAAAACCAGAGAUGUGGAGUGGGUGAGACCCACGGAACUGACAGGUGACCCUCAGUUUAUUGUGGGAGGAGCCACCAGAACCGACAUCUGCCAGGGAGCUUUAGGUGACUGCUGGCUCUUGGCAGCCAUAGCCUCUCUGACCCUGAAUGAGAGGCUCCUUCAUCAGGUUGUUCCACACGGCCAGUCCUUCCAAGAUGACUACGCUGGAAUCUUCCACUUCCAGUUCUGGCAGUUUGGUGAAUGGGUAGACGUUGUGAUUGACGAUCGAUUGCCUGUCAAAGAAGGAGAGCUCAUGUUUGUCCAUUCAGCUGAGGGCAAUGAAUUUUGGAGUGCACUCCUCGAGAAAGCUUAUGCCAAGCUAAAUGGCUCCUAUGAGGCUCUCUCUGGAGGAAGUACCACUGAGGGCUUUGAGGACUUCACAGGGGGUGUGUCUGAGAUGUACGAGCUGCGCAAGGCUCCCAGAGAUCUCUACAGGAUAAUCGGUAAAGCCUUGGAGAGGGGCUCCCUGCUGGGCUGUUCUAUCGACAUCACCAGUGCCUUUGACAUGGAGGCUGUGACAUUUAAGAAGCUUGUGAAGGGCCACGCUUACUCCGUCACCGGACUGAAGGAGGUUAAUUACCAUGGCAACUUGGUGCGCCUUAUCCGAAUACGUAACCCCUGGGGCCAGGUGGAGUGGACAGGUGCCUGGAGUGACAAUUCCAAUGAAUGGGAUGAGAUUGACCCAUCUGAGCGUGAAGACCUGCAUCUUAACAUGGAAGAUGGAGAGUUUUGGAUGUCCUUCAGUGAUUUCUUGAGGCAGUUUUCUCGCCUGGAGAUCUGUAACUUGACUCCAGACGUUCUGAGUGAGGACAGCCUCAGUCACUGGAACACCAUGAAGUUCUACGGUACAUGGAGGAGAGGUAGCACCGCAGGGGGCUGCAGGAACCAUCCUAACACGUUUUGGAUAAAUCCCCAGUAUAAGAUCACUUUGCUGGAGGAGGAUGAUGACCCGGAGGAUGAUGAGGUGGCGUGCAGUUUUCUUGUAGCCCUCAUGCAGAAGGACCGCCGCAGAUACCGACGCCAUGGUCAGGACAUGCACACCAUCGGCUUUGCUCUCUAUGAGAUUCCAGAGGAGUACAGAGGCUGCCAGAAUGUCCACUUGAAAAAAAAUUUCUUCUUGAGUCAUUCAUCAUGCGCUCGUUCAGAGACCUUCAUCAACCUGCGUGAGGUGAGCACGCGGCUGCGGCUGCCACCCGGGGAGUACCUCAUCGUGCCUUCCACCUUUGAGCCUGGCAAAGAGGCAGACUUCGUCCUCAGGGUUUUCACCGAAAAGCAGUCAGAGACAGAAGAACUGGAUGAUGAAAUAUCUGCUGAAUUUGAAGAGGAGGAGCAUAUAACAGAAGAUGAUAUUGAUGACUCAUUUAAGUCCAUGUUUGCCCAACUAGCAGGAGAGGACUUUGAGAUCUCUAUUCGCGAGCUCAGGACAAUUCUCAACAGAGUGGUCGCCCGGCACAAAGAUCUAAAGACUGAUGGCUUCAGUAUUGAAUCAUGCAGAACCAUGGUCAACCUGAUGGAUAAAGAUGGCAGUGCCCGCUUGGGACUGGUGGAAUUCCAGAUCCUCUGGAACAAAAUCCGAAAAUGGCUGGUCAUUUUCAGAGACUUUGAUCUUGACAAGUCGGGGGCCAUGAGCUCAUAUGAGAUACGACUCGCCGUAGAAGCAGCAGGCUUUAAACUGAACAACCAGCUGCACCAGAUUCUGGUGGCGCGGUAUGCAGAGAAUGAACUGAUAGAUUUUGACAACUUCAUCUGCUGCUUGGUCAAGCUUGAAGCCAUGUUCAGAUCUUUCCAGCAGUUUGACAAGGAGGGAUCAGGAGUAGCUGAAAUGAAUAUCGCAGAGUGGCUUUAUCUGACCAUGUGUGGAUGAGGAGCCCUGCAGUUUCACAGAAAGAUGCAAAAAUAUAGUGCCUGCUGCUCUGAGGACCCCUCAGGCUGUAAAACAUCCCACCGUAGUGCAAAUUAAACAUAGCAUAGGAGCUGUAUUCUAAGAAAACCAAAGUGCACUCCAUGUGUCCUGGGUAUAUUUUAGAAGCAAUGCAAAGCCACAGCUAAAACAAAACAGGUAAAUCAUAGUAGCAUGUGUCUUUGCAUGAUACACCAGCUGUAAUCUGCAUUAUAAAUAAUAUUUUUCUAAGUUUAUUUUGAUGUUACUGUCAAGUUAUAUAAUUUAUUUCACAUUCUUACUAAAAAUGUUUCUUACUGCAAUUGUGUCAUUAUGCCGGUCAAUAUAAUCAUGUUUCAGUUAUUUCCUAAUCAAAAUAAUCACCUCAGAAUUUCAUCUGCAGCUUCGAACCUCCGCCUCAAGGUGGCAGAAGAGAACUAGUUGGUGUUAACUUUUCUUUCACUUUUAAAUUGUUCAACUAGUUAAGUAUUAAAUUUAAGCUGAAGACACUUUUGCACUGAAAUUUUAGUUGAAGGGAUGCGCGAAUUAAGUCACCUCACACUAAUCACAUAUACUGUAAGUAGUAUUAUACUGACAUAAUUGUUGUUGCCAUGGUAACAGCUGUUUAACGUGCCACUUAUGUCUUGUGAAUGUAUGUUGUGCCUUCAAUAAAAAUUUCCCUAAAAAAGG